AUGGGAAUUUUAAUAAAGUAUUCAAAGACCACUAAUAUAGGCAAAGCAAUAGCUUUAGUAAUAAACUAUUUACUUAAACAGAAUACUGAGUUAAAAAUUGAAGAAUCAAUUAUUGAUGGAGAUAUUAAUGAAAGUAAUAGUAAAAUUGUUUUAAUUAAAGACAAAGAAAAUUGUAAUGAUCAAUUAGAAAAUAUUGUAGAUAUAUUAAUUCAUCUUGGAUCUCUUGGAAAAAAUCUUCUCGGAAAAGAUUCGAGUCUGGUUAAUGAAUCCAAAGAAAUUCUUCAAAAACUUGUUGAAAUUAACUUUAAGUUUUCUAAAGGACCAGAAAUGUCAGAAUUUAAUGAAAAGAUCAAAGGGAAAAGUUUCUUUUUAGGAAGAAGUUUAACAAUUGUAGAUCUUGUCAUCUAUAUAUCCUUAUACUCUUAUUUUGAAUCGCUCAAAAAUGAAGGCCAAGAUUAUGUACCAGAAUAUCCUAACUUAUCUACGUUUUUUGAACAAAUACAAAUAGUUACUCAAAUUAGGCAAUCAUGCCCAGAAAAUAUUAUCUAUUUAGAUUUACCAUUCUUUAAGAAGAAACUUGUAAAGAAAGAAAAGAAGAAUACUGGAGAUAAUGGAAAUAAUAAUAAUAAUAAUAAUAAGCAAGAAGAAAGACCAUUAGAUGAUCCAACCAGAAUUGCUCUUAGAGUUGGUAGAAUCCUUUCUGUUGAAAGACAUCCAACUGCUGAUAAGCUUUAUCUUGAAAAGAUUGAUGUUGGAGAAGAGGAACCACGUACUAUUUUAUCAGGACUUGUUGGAAUUUAUGAUUUAACUCAAAAAAUUAAUCAACUUGUUGUAAUUGUUUCAAACUUAAAACCAAGAGCAAUGAGAGGUAUUACUUCUAACGGAAUGCUUUUGUGUGCUAGUAGUGCUCUUUCAGAAGAAAGUUCAAAUAAUAACCAAGAAGAAUCACCAAAAAGAUUUUGUGAGCCAGUUUCAGUCCCAAAAGACGCUAAAGUUGGAGAACUUAUAUUCUAUAAUGAUUUUAAAGGAGAACCUGAUACUGUUUUAAACACAAAAACUGGCAAAGAUCCAUUUGUUGCUGUUCAACCACACUAUAAUGUUAGUGGAGAACUUAUUUGCAGAUUUAAAGAAUCUACAAUGAUGACUUCUGCAGGUCCUAUUUUUGUUGAAAACAAAAGUCUGGCACAUGGUAGCCUUAGUUAA